UCUUCUGCAACAACAACAAUUACAACAACAACAACAGCAGCGAACACAAAAUCAUCAAGUUCGACAUAUAACUCAACAACUAAAACAUCGACUACUUCUGGAAGCACAAAGACAACUACGAGCCUUCGAUAUAUCGUGUGCAGCACUCUGAAUGAGAGAAUUCUGACAUCAUGCUGUAAAAGUCCGAUUUCUGAUUUCUUUACAAGAGAGCAGAUGUUUGCUUGCAACGCGCAGAAAUUUGACAGGGAAAAGUUUCUGAUAUCCAACGAGUACUUUUUGCACUCGCUGCAGAGUCAGCGGACGAAUCUGAUCGACUUCUUGUCAUACAAUACAGCCCAGAAGCUUGGCUACUCCGCAUGCUUCAGCGAGUGUCUGUUCAAAAAUGCGAGGAUCAUUCGUAAUGAUGCGAUCAAUGAAACUGCAUUUACUGAACUAAUUGUGAGCAAUCUGAAGAAAGAUUGGAAGAAUACGGCAAGUAUUUCUGCGUCGCAUUGUUUGGAGUCGAUGUCGAAUGUGAAAGUGAACAAUGCUGUUCGACUGGGAAAUGUUAAAAAGUGCUCCAUUCUCCCUACUCUGUUGCUGCAAUGUGUUUUAAAAGACAUUAGAGCGAACUGCCCGUCAAAUUCGCAAAUAUCUACGUAUGUGUGCUCAAGAUCGAGGUCAAAUUUCAACUACUGUGACGCUUUCGCCUCAAACGAGUACGGCGGCACCAGCGGCAGAAUAUACAACAACGUCCGAAGGGUGUACUCCUCUAGAGGAUACUCCCGCCCCAAAUUGUCUACCUACAUUAUCGGAUUUGCCGGGAAAUAAACCAUUCAAAAAUAAAGAGAUUUUAAAUUUUACGCUCUUUGAUUGAUUUCCAAAAGCGAGGAGUUAAUGAAAUAACUGAAAGCACAAAUACAAACUUGGAUAUGAAAUAUUCG